AUGCCGGCUUCACGAUCAAGUGUGACCAAACGUGCCUGUGACGGGUGCAAGAUUCGCAAGAUUCGUUGUGGUGGCGGCCAGCCAUGCCAGGCCUGCACCAAUUCGCACAUCAGAUGCACCUACAUUCGUGUUCAGCAGCCUCGAGGUCCGCAGCGUUUGCGCUCGACGACAAAGUAUCUCAUCGAGCAGACCCAGCGUGGGCUGGACGCUCAAAAUGCCGGAUGCGCCUCCCUGCCAGUCGGACAGGCUGGCCAUCGAACAGAGAGAUUGCGAAUACCGACUAACGUCCUUGCUCCCCCGCUCUACAUAUACCACAUGCGCAUGUAUCCAGUUUGGCCCAUCGUCACCGUCGAAAGCCUCAUCUCGGUACUACAAGAAGAUCCAGAACGAAGAGAUCUGUCGACAUACACCUUGGCGACAGCCGUCGCAGCAGCGACACUUGCUCAACUCAAGCUCGAAGAUUUGAAUACCGUCGACUCACCCACGGCAGACGCAUUCGCAGCCGAGUGCCUACACGCCCGUGAUUCGUGUGGAUAUAGAUCAAAACCGAGCCUGGACAAUAUCCGGACAUCGUUUUUCCUACAUGUAUACUAUGAGAACCAACAAUCUGGAGGAAGUGAGUCGUUGCUUUAUUUGCGGGAAGCCAUUACCAUGGCGCAAAUGAUGCGCCUGCAUGAAGAGGCCUCUUACAUCGGACUCGGUCCUGAGGAACAACAACUCCGCCGUCGCGUUCUGUGGCUGCUUUUCGUGACGGAACGGGGUGUUUGUAUUCUUCACAAACUUCCGGUGAUCCUCAGAACUAAUAUCUCGACCCCUGGGCUUGACGUCAAUGACGAGCCGCAAGUCUUGCCCGCGUUCCUAAAACUACUGAACCUAUUCCGCCUGUUCGAAAAGUCCAAGAUGUUCGAUGUUAUAGAAUGGGAGACCGUCGGUGCUCAUGACCUAAGCGGGACAGGACGGGUCGGCGCUGCUGGAUCAUACGUCGGACGUGCAGAAGGCAGAUUUAUGUGUCACCCGGCACUGGAUGCGUCUGAUCUUGUGGAAGAAUCUGUCAAGAAACAGGACGACAAGCGCGCAUUCACCGACGUCGCUUUUCUCGCCGUUAUUUCCAGUAAUGGUGGCGAAGGAGCUCUUGACCAUAGUAACUCAGAGUUGAAGCUGUACGAAAUUGCCAGUUCGCUGGCGGAUGCGGUUAUGAAUCUGGCAAUGCUCCCGCGGCCUCCUAUCUGGGACGUCGAAAGCCGUCCAAGUCAAAUUCUGGCCCGCUUACAUACCAUUCUGUCGACAUUUCGUGGUGGUGGGAACAAGCAGCUGGUUGAAUUGCUGUAUAAGAAGAUGGCCGAGGCGCAAUCGAUAAGUGGACUCACAUUGGGAGCAUCGCUCAAAGCCCCGGCUGGCAAGCCGCAAUUCCGGCAGUCACCGGAAUCAUCGACGUGUAGAAAUGCAAUGAGAGAGAAUGCUUUCCUCGGCCAGUCGCCAGCCGAAUCGAGUCAGGUGGUCAUGACGGGUUGGUUCAGUUUUGGACCUCCUUACACAUUGCAAGCAGGUGGAGACAUUGCGCAGCCCGAUUGUUUUGACGAUUGCAUCUUGCCCGACGAUAUGGUCUUGGGAAUAGCUUCGGCAUCUGACACUCCCGCCGAUGCGUGGACAACGGAGUCCCAGGUCACCACCGAAGACAUGGGGGAGAUGGCAUCACUCUUCACCUCUUUGCCAUCAUGGACGACUCCUCCUGGGGAGAUUAUCCUUGAAGAUUGUCCAAAAGAAGACGUCCUCAAUGAUACAUCGUUUGAAACUUUCUUACCCACCAAUGAGGAUAUCACUAUCUGGCACACACCGAUAGUUGGAACUUGA